AUGAGGAUUACCUCCAAGACCAGAUCUGCUGUUUACACCAAGAAUGUUCCGACGGAGAUCGCGAGGCUGCUGAGGGCUAUGCCAGAUCAGUCUGCCAAGCUUACUAAGGACCAGCUCCUGGCUUACAGACUUACCACAGCUACAGAGGAGCCAGGGGCCAGCACCAAGACCGAUAUUGCAGGCUCCGCUUCGUCUUUAGACUCAGCCUCUGGCAAUAACGAAAGCGGCGACAAAAGCUCAAACACGCACAUAACUCACCAAACACCGGGACAUAAAGUUAAGACGGGAUUGGGCGUGGGACUGGGAGCGGGGAUACCUAUCCUGGGUACGAUUCUAGGCGCCAUUACAUGGUUUUUGAAGCGGAAGAAAAGCCAGUCUGCUGCACAGACACCACAAACCAACAUAACAGCUCAGCCUCCCUUCGAUCCCGCGGCCCCAAUUGACGAGGUUCAACAUGUUCACCCGGCACCUGGUGCUGCAUUUUACCCUGUGCCGCUAGCACAUCCUCAGGAUACAGCACAUUCGCAGCAGCCAAUAUUUGAAGCCUAUGGAUCACCUGGAAACAUUGGAGAAGGCCGACAUAGUGCUACAAAAAUUCCUGCUGCUCAUGAGCUGCCAGUAGGAAGGGCAUAA